CUCGAUUCUGGAAAGCCAGGGGAGCGGAGGAGCAGCAGCGAUGGAGGGAAGCAGCAGGUGCCAGGAUCAUGAUGGCGAAUCUGUCGUUGCGAUGCGGUGUUGUCGCGCUGCUAGUAGUGGUAGUAGCAGCAGCAGCAGCAGCACUUGGUGUUGAGGCGCUCGAGCGGUCUUGAGGCUGGCUGGUUGGUUGGCUAGCUGGCGGAAGGGCGGGCGCGCGGGCGGGCGGGCAUGCUUUCUGGGCGGGCGGUCAAUUCUGGUCUGCAGGUCUUGUAAUCACGAGCAGCAGCAAGAAGUAGAAGAAGGAGAAGAGAGGGAAAGCGCGAGGGAGCGAGCGAGAGAGAGAGAGAGGGUCGUUCGCGUCGUUCGUUCUGUUCGUUCGUUGAAGUGUUCUUCGUUCGUUCGAUAGUUCGUUCGCUCGCUCAUAAGCUCGAGCUACCAACCUAUCGACUGCUAAAAACUUCAAGAAAAGAAUUAAUCGUUUGUCUUGUUGACAGACGGACUAUAUUAUCGGCUGGACUAGAACAUCCGGCGCCUCGCGAGACGAGAGGACGAGUCUCUCGUUCGCGUGGAGACAAACAAGAAAGAAGGAAAGGUGACGAGGGACUCGGACUCGGACUCGGACUCAGGGUCGAAAAAGUCAGCUCGACUGCGGGCCGCCCCAUCGCCUUGUGGUUGCUUAGAUUGAUAGAGGUCUAAGAUUGCAGAUGGUCAACUGAUGAUAGAUCGAGAUCGAGUUCAAGUUUUGCGGAUAGUCAACGAGUCAUCGAGUGGGGCGUGUCAGUGAGGGAGGGAGGGCACGAACGAGGGGCGUGUGGUGCGAGAAGGGAGUCGGAAUGUUGAGGCAAUGGGUGCCGAGGGCGGACGGGAUUGCGAUGCGAGUGAACUUUGCGCAGGAGGAGGAGGGCGCUGGUGUGCGGAAGCUGAGGAGAUGAGGUUCUUGGUGGUUUGUUCUGCGUGUGUCUUUGAUAGGGGUGGAAAGUGGAAUCCUGCGCAGGGGGGUUUAGCUUCGUAGAACAUUGGGUUUUAUGCAACACGACGACGUUCGCUCUGACAGUUGAUUGAAUCAGGUUUUUAGUGCAGCAUCUGGGAUGGCGGGCGCCUAUAGGGCGUUGGCUUGGGUGCUGUUUUUGUUCACGAUACUUUGGGACAGAGCAGAAGGGCAGCAGGAUGGUAGAAGUGACGGGCUGGCGCUGGAGAAAUUCAUGGACAGUGUUCGUCCUGGGCAUAGUGAUAAUUACAACGCGACGGUGAAUCCUUGUGACUGGAAUGCUGCGAGGGUGCAGUGCGUGAACAGCGGGCGUGUCUCCAUGUUGAAUUUGACUGGCUUUGGUCUAUCAGGACAAAUCCCGCCGGGCACACUUUCGAACUUGACAUUCCUGACGGACUUGAAUCUUUCCGACAAUAAUCUGACGGAGUCUCUUCCGAUCGACUUGCCGCAGCUUGCGAAUCUCGUAAAUUUGAAUCUCGCGAGGAAUAAUUUCAGCGGAUCGGUUACGGAUAUUGUUCGGGCUCUUUCUGCACUCGUGCAAGUCGAUCUAUCCACAAACAAGUUCGAAGGUGAUGUUCUGAAUGCCUUUCAAUCUCUCAGGGCGCUCACAAAUCUGGACCUGUCGGGCAACAAUUUUAACGGGACGAUUCCUGACGGGUUUUGCGAUGCACCACGUAACCUCCGAACCUUACAUUUGGGCUCGAACAGGUUCACUGGGCUGAUUCCCACGAGCUUUGAGCGCUGUGCUUCUCUGCUGAGCUUAAAUCUUUCAUCGAACAGUUUCGUGGGGCCCUUCCCAGACGCCUUAAGUAAGAUAUCUACGUUGGAGGAACUGCAUCUUGCGAGAAAUGACUUCAGCGGACCCAUACCGGACACGUUAUUCCAGUCGCUCAGGCUCAGACACUUGAAUCUGGCGUACAACAGUCUGACUAACCCGGUGUCGAUUUCGACUGGGACUGGGGGAAAUCUUUCAGUGGUUGAUCUGGAGUCCAACCUGCUAGAUGGCGACACCGUGAUUAGCAACUUAUUGCAAUUUCCCCAACUCAGAGUCUUGAAACUAGGGAGGAACAAGUUCUCAGGCCCCCUGAAAACUACUCGGCUGCCCGCUUUGUUGCUGAGUCCGCUGGAGGAUGUGGAUCUUCACGGCAAUAACUUUUCCGGGAAGCUUCCAAGCCUUGCCGCUGGUCUUCUCAGGCUGGAUUUCAGUUCCAAUUCUUUCAGCGGACCUGUGCCAGGGUUGAACGAUGUCCAAUCGUUGGAGUACCUGGAUCUUUCCUUCAACCAAUUCGAAGGAGGCCUUCCGCCAGACAUCAGCCUUCAGUCGAGCCUGAAACGACUCGGUCUAGCUGACAACCAGUUGAGUGGAAGCGUGCCAUCCUUGUCCGCCAUGGUCUCCCUGGAGUACUUGGAUCUUUCCUCCAACUUAUUUACGGGAGCAUUUCCAUCAAAUGUCACCCUUCUGUCGAACCUCACACGACUCAACGUAGCCGACAACGGGUUUUCCAGUUACACAUUGCAGCAGCUCGUGUCUCUGUCCAACUUAGCCAGACUGGAGGUCUUGAAUCUCUCAAGAACCAAUCUAGGCGGCAACAUCUCGUCCGCGAUUGGUGACCUUAAACUGCUGAAAGUUCUCGACCUGUCGUUCAAUGAUCUCGUGAACGAUAUCCCAGCGGAGAUGGGCAAGUUGAAGGAUCUGGAGAAUUUGAACUUGGCUUCUAACCAUUUGCAGGGAGCGAUUCCGGACGAUAUGACCCUCUUGACGUCUCUGAGCAGCUUGGAUCUCUCCAACAACAAUUUGAGCGGCAUCAUUCCAACCAAAAAUCAGUGGUUGACUUACACGAAUUCUUCCUUUGCGGGAAAUCCGUAUCUGUGUGGUUUACAGCUCAAUGUCCCUGAUUCGGAGUGCUCGCAAGGGCCCAAAGGAACACUCAGUUCUGAGGGGGCCUCGGAUUCCGACGAUAGGAAGGGCCUCAUCAUCGGCCUGGUUACCGCUCUUGCAUUCGUGGUGCUGGUCGCCGUUGGUAUGUUCAUCUGGUGUCGAGUGUCCAUGGCCGUGAAACCAUUAAGCAAGGAUGAAACCAGGCACGUGUCGGGUCCCAUCCUCUUCGACAAAGAUGCAGAAUUGUGGGCAAAGGGAAUCAAGGAUCCGCACAACAUCCCGGUCGUCAUGUUCGAAAAGCCUCUACUCAGCUUGACUUUCGCCGACCUCUUGCAGGCAACAGCCAACUUCAACAAAGAGCUGCAGAUUGCUGACGGUGGCUACGGUCCUGUAUACAAGGGAAUGCUGGCAGAUGGUACCCAGUUCGCAAUCAAAGUUCUUGUGGAAGUCAAAUUCGCCGAUGGCAAGGAUGCAGUUGCGAAAAUUGAGGCACUAGCAAAAAUCAAGCAUCCAAACCUAGUCACACUCGCGGGUUACUGCCUCGUUGGAGAGGACAGCCUUCUCAUUCACGAGUACAUGGUGAACGGAGACUUGCAGAGAUGGCUACACGAACUGCCAGAGGGAACUCGAAAUCCGGAGGACUGGAGUAGGGACACUUGGGAGCACUUGGACGAGCCUAAUGCGGAUGACCUUUCCGGCGAAUUUCUAAGCUGGCCAACACGUCACAAGAUUGCGCUCGGGGUCGCUAGAGGUCUUGCCUUUCUGCACCACGGCAAUUCCCCUCAUGUUGUACAUCGAGACGUCAAAGCGAGCAACAUUCUGCUGGACGAGUCCUUCGAGGCACGCCUGGUGGAUGCCGGGCUCGCUGGCGUUGGGAAGCCCAGCGGAACUCCUGUCAACGGAGGGACUAUGGGUUAUGUUCCUCCCGAAUAUGGCCAGACCUGGCAGGCUACCACGAGGGGGGAUGUAUACAGUUUUGGAGUCGUGCUGUUGGAGCUAGUGACCGGGAGAAUGCCCACGGGUCAUUACUUCCACGACAGCUAUGGAGGAAAUCUGGUGGGGUGGGUUCGAAUGUUGAUCAAAGAUAAAAGAGAGCUGAAGGCCCUGGAUCCGAAGCUUGUAAGUCGAGGAGACGUCGCCCAGAUCCAAGAAGUGCUGAGAAUAGGUUAUCUGUGCACUGCGGAAGCUCCCUCAAAGCGACCUACUAUGCAGCAAGUCGUCGGUUUGUUGAAGGACUGUCAACCCGAGCCCUGAUUCUCUGUGUUGCCUCCUUGAGAGAUCCCGAAGAAUCUGAAGAUUGAGCCCACACCUUGCUGUCAGGAGGGCCUUCAACCAGAUGAAAGCUGCGAAGUGGUUGUUGCGGUUGGAGGUUUUCUUCUGUCUUUUCUUUUCUUUUUGAGGAUCGGAUUUAAUCCUGGCUUCUAGAAGAGAAUUCUGCCCUCGUCAUUUUGCACCCGAAUCCAUCAGACACCAUGGCCAAUAGACAGUCCGUGCUCCCAGUGUAAUAGUCUUUGAUUCAGAGUCUGUAUAUGAAAGAUCGUUGUUCUCGAUUGUGAGAGCCACUGGGAUCUCUAAACCAAGUUUGGAUUGGUGCUCAUGCUUUGGAUGAGAUGAAGCACUUAUGCAGUUAUGCUUCCAUACGGAGAAAAAUGUCCCUUGCAUUGUGACAUCAUUCACUCAUCCCCCGAUGUGGUACUUUGUGAAGAGGUUGAAGUUGGGAUUCCGGCCUCUGCUCUAGCAUGAGGCAUUUGUACUUUCCCUGCAUCUCCCGCCCUUUGUCUGUGUCCACGAGCUUAGGUCUUUGUUAUUAUCAAGUCUGACUUUCUUUUCGUCUUCAACCAGUCGAGUACCCGAUAGUUGCACAUUUGUGUUUCCAUAGGAACAGGAUCAAACAUCCGCUUGUACAUAAAGUGUCUCCAUAGCUCGAGUGUUCGUUAGAUAGUAUUUUGUUGAUUCACUGACAGUGUUCCUCUUGGCCCUUCGGACGCGUUUGCCUCCCCCCUCCCUUGUACAUGAGAAAGAGAAAUUUUGUUCGCAGUCAAGCUCAUCUAAAAACGGCGAACGUUGUCUAUGGAGCUGUCACAGAUGAUUUUCUUCAUCAUCAUGUAAAGUUAAACGUGGAUGAGGAUGUUGGAUAGGAGUUUCUCUACUUGUUAUCUAUGUCAUUUACCAAUAAAAAUAUUUCAAUGUGGAGCUUCU